AUGCUUACGACAGGACAGGGGGCAGGGGCACUGCAGCACUGUACGGAGACGGGACGGUGUAGCUCUGCUGACGCAGUGGAGCCGCACUGCAGCACUGUACGGAGACGGGACGGUGUAGCUCUGCUGACGCAGUGGAGCUGCGCUGCAGCACUGUACGGAGACGGGACGAACCUUGGGGACAUUCACGGUUUUAUAUUCUGGUACGUCUCUCUUGUAUUCUACACACCAAGCCUCAGCAGUCGUCCUGUGUGGCAGGUGAGUAGAACACUACCAGAGAAGAGUGCUCACUGUUUAGCUGCCUUGUGCCUUUCCAAUGCAGCGGUGGAGGCUAAAGGAGAGACAGACCGGCUCUCUGUGGAGGAGCUGAGGGCCACAGUGAGCAAAGCGGAACUGGAAAGGGUGACAGCGAAGCACGCUCCCAGCCAGACAGCAGCAUUCUGGAUCCAGGAGGGGGAAAUGCACAAGACCGAGUUAGAGGUGGGCCAGCAACUCCGGCUGAAAACUAAAGGAGAUGGUCCCUUCGUAUUUUCUUUAGCCAGGCUGGGGGAUGAAAAGGCAGGGGCCUCCUGGACUGACAAGAUCAUGGCCAACAAGCCAGACAGCAGAGCUGCAGCUAAACCAGCUGCACAGGGAGACGCAGCCGAGGAGAAUGAGUGGGUAAGGAGAGGCAGAAAGCAGAGCUGCAGCUAAACCAGCUGCACAGGCAGACGCAGCCGAGGAGGAUGAGUGGGUAAAGAGAGGCAGAGAGCAGAGCUGCAGCUAAACCAGCUGCACAGGCAGACGCAGCCGAGGAGGAUGAGUGGGUAAGGAGAGGCAGAGAGCAGAGCUGCAGCUAAACCAGCUGCACAGGCAGACGCAGCCGAGGAGGAUGAGUGGGUAAGGAGAGGCAGAGAGCAGAGCUGCAGCUAAACCAGCUGCACAGGCAGAUGCAGUCGAGGAGGAUGAGUGGGUAAGGAGAGGCAGAGAGCAGAGCUGCAGCUAAACCAGCUGCACAGGCAGACGCAGCCGAGGAGGAUGAAUGGGUAAGGAGAGGCAGAGAGCAGAGCUGUAGUGCCCUAUAGAAAUGUUUCAGGGGGCUACUGUUAACUAUACUUCUAGCCUGCUUGGGGCUCUUCUGCUGUGCUGCACUAGAGUUCACAUGUACAGAGGGGCUAGAUGGUUGUUUUUACCAACCCUUUACUGUUCUUUGUCAUACUUGGCUGUGGUUUACUAUACCUUGCAGUAUGUCAUUGUAAACUGCAGUAUGACUGAGACACAGCAGGGGAGAUACGGCUCUGUUAAACACCGUUCUCUGCUUCUCUUUUUCAGGAGGACUGAAGCAUGAAGAGUUGAAGCCCGGUCUCGUUCCGUUAAGAGACGGGAUCGCUCUAGUUUUCAGGAGGGUCAGUUCCACAUGCCUUGUUUCUUUCGCUUCCCGAAUCAAGUCUUUCAGCCCCGGAAUGCACUGGUCAUUACUGGGGUUAACGGGACAGUCCUGGACACUUCAGGAUAAAUCCCAAGCUAUUUUUAGGAACUCUCCAGGUUUAAGAUUUGAAUCCAAGUAACAGUUUACACAUUGCUAUGUCCUUAUCAGGAUCAUUACUGGUUUGAAAAGAAACUGAAAACUACAGCAGUAACUUCAUCAGAUGAUAUAGAGCCUUCUCACAAGGCAUCUCAAAACACAAAGGUCUAAUCUCUGCAUUUCCAGGACCGUGGAUGCAAGGUCCAUUCUUUAUCUCUGUUCUUUAUGCCAGUCUUUCCUUUAUAUUAGUUCCUUAUUACACACCCUCAGCUUGUGUCUUGAGAGUUAAACAACAAACAAGCCAGUCCUGCCAACGUGUACCGCCUCACCUCUUCACACGACCCGUACAUUUGCAAGCCAGCAGUUUCAAUACAGACAAUGCAUACCGUUUCAAUACAGGCAGUAUAAAUGCAUAGUUUCAAUACAGACAGUAUCAAUGCAUACAGUUUCAAUACAGACAGUAUCAAUGCAUAGUUUCAAUACAUCUGGAGGUAGGGCUUACACCACCCCAAGAAAGUAAAUCCGUCUAAAGCUCACAGUUUACAUUACAGUUACUGUAGUGCUGCUUUUACUUAAAAAAAGGGCAUUCUUACCAAGUUUCUUGCAUUUCUCUGUGCUGUAUCUGUACCUGCUGAUGGUGUUCUAGUCAGUGCUGUACUCCUGUGCUUGUAUGUGAUGGUGUGCUAGUCAGAGCUGCUGUCCUGUGCUUGUAUGUGAUGGUGUUCUAGUCAGUGCUGCACUCCUGUGCUUGUAUGUGAUGGUGUUCUAGUCAGUGCUGCACUCCUGUGCUUGUAUGUGAUGGUGUUCUAGUCAGUGCUGCACUCCUGUGCUUGUAUGUGAUGGUGUUCUAGUCAGUGCUGCACUCCUGUGCUUGUAUGUGAUGGUGUUCUAGUCAGUGCUGCACUCCUGUGCUUGUAUGUGAUGGUGUUCUAGUCAGUGCUGCACUCCUGUGCUUGUAUGUGAUGGUGUUCUAGUCAGUGCUGCACUCCUGUGCUUGUAUGUGAUGGUGUUCUAGUUAGUGCUGCACUCCUGUGCUUGUAUGUGAUGGUGUUCUAGUUAGUGCUGCACUCCUGUGCUUGUAUCUGAUGGUGUUCUAGUCAGUGCUGCACUCCUGUGUCCUGUGUCUUGUUUGCCUGUUGCGUCUGAUGCAGUAUAACACAGUUUACCCUUGGCUUGUGAAAUAUCUUGAAAUACUUCAAACAAGUCUGUGUAAAGCUUAAUGUAUCCCACUGUAUUUGUAUACAUAUAGAUCAAUAUUAGAAACAUAGGUGCUGUAUAUGUAAGAGUGCAACAAGCUUAUUUUCUGUGUAUUUUAUUGUUUCCAGUGUAUAAAAUAAACACAUGAAAAAAAUGCUGGAUGUACAGAACAAUAAAAUCAUUUUUUUACCA